AAGGCGGGAAGGUUAGUGAUCGCUUCGCAUUCGUACAGGGAGGAGGACAUCUCGCCCUAUACAUUUACACUUUUUUUUUUGACUACAUUUCAAUCGACAGACGCAAUAAUGACCGGACGCGGCAAGGGCGGCAAAGGUCUCGGAAAGGGAGGCGCGAAACGUCAUCGCAAGGUGCUCCGCGAUAACAUUCAGGGAAUAACGAAACCCGCCAUUCGACGUCUGGCCCGGCGUGGAGGGGUCAAGCGCAUCUCCGGUCUGAUCUACGAAGAGACGCGAGGGGUUCUUAAGGUCUUCCUGGAGAACGUCAUCCGCGACGCGGUCACCUACACGGAACACGCCAAGCGGAAGACCGUCCCCGCCAUGGACGUCGUGUACGCGUUGAAGAGACAGGGUCGCACGCUAUACGGUUUCGGCGGUUAAAUUCGACGACCAUCCAGAGCGGACGUAGCGAGACAUUCGACAAAAAAAAAAAAACGGUUCUUUUCAGAACCACCA